AUCUACUCCCUGCCCCUGGCUUCCAACCAUCUUCACUCAGUCGGUAGCCUUUGCUGCAGCUGCAAGAAGCCAAGGCCUUACUAGUAACAUUCACCAAAAUUAUUGUUCGUGACUUUGAGUCCUUACUUGUUCACGCUCGUAGAGAAUCUCAGAUCAACCGCACAAGCGCAAGCCUGUAUUGACAUUCGUGAAUCAUAUUCCACAGACCUUGCCUUGAGUUUUGCCGCCGGUCAUUUUUACACUAGCAGAAUGAGAAAGUUUGUGCUGGGGUCAGUGCUGAUUGUGGGCGUGUUGGUAGCGGUGUCCCUGUACGAUACGUUUGAUCCGAAUGUGGACUUGAAGGACAAGCGAGUCAUAGUGUGCGGAGCAUCGACUGGUAUUGGUGAGCAGAUCGCCUACCUUUACGCCAGGGCUGGUGCAAGACUAGUGCUGGUUUCUCGCAGACUGCAAGUUCUACAGCAAGUGCAGGCGAAGUGUCGUGACUUGGGAGCAGCACAAGUGGAAGUGUUUGCCGGGGAUCUUUCCUUGAAGAAUACCAGCAAAGAUGUGAUUGAAUAUUCUGAGGAGAAGUUGGGAGGAAUUGAUCAUUUGAUACUGAACCACAUCGUGUCCUAUUAUACCCUGUGGACAAGUGACGCCGACUUGGAUUUUGCCACAAAACUGGUACAAAUAGAUCUCCUUAGCUAUGUCUACUUGACAACGUAUGCUCUGCCGGCACUGGAGGAUAGCCAUGGGGUUGUCGUAGCUGUUUCCUCAUCAGCGGGUCUCUGGCCAUCGCCACUGACGCAUAUCUAUGCGGCAAGCAAGCACGGCUUGCACGGUUUCUUUGGCUCACUGCGGCAGGAUUUGAUGAUCCAGAAGUCCAACGUGUCCAUCUCGCUAGUUCCACUAGGUCUGUUUGGCUCAGACAACGCCAAAACUAACACCAAGACCAAGUUACCAGAUAUCAUGAAGCUGUACGGAGAGCCCGCCGACGCUGCCUGGGCCAUUGGACGAGCGGCUGCGUUGCGUCUGAGAGAGUACAACUAUCCCUACUUGGAAACAAAGUUCGUGCAGUGGCUCUACAUGCUGUUCCCGACUGUAUGCGAUCGCCUUCUGGUCUACAUGUUUGAGUUCAAUGCCCCUUCCACUAUAUGAGGUGAAUCUGGUGAAGCCCAUUGCAAUCAUUCUGAUCAUGUCUAUGAUUAUGAACCGUAUCUCGUUCAUGAU